ACCAGAUAUUGUGCAUCUGAAUCCUACACUAGACUACUGAUGCAGCGAGAGAGGGGAGGAGAGAGAAAGAGGGAGGGAGGGAGAGUGUGUGACCAAAAACGAUUUCUCUCCCACACGCACAGAGAGACAGAUCUCUCUCUCUCUCCUGCAGUGGAGUGCUGGUGGCUGUUCUGGAUUCUCUGUUUUCCUCUUCUCCUCAGGGAGAAAGAUUAUUUGCUGCAGAAGCCCAGUGCAUCCGGUGGGCAUUCCUCGGAAAGUCAGACACCAUGUGAGCAGUGGCCCAGCACGACAUUAGAGGGGCAGAAUGCUGCUUCUGCGUGGGACUCUUGUGUUCUUCUCUCUUAUCAGUUCUAUCAAUGGGUUUUUCAGCUUGUAUGGGCCAAAACCGACAACCCAAACCAAGGUAGACUCCAAAGGUUGGGGCUUUUUUGGGAAUCUUCCAUCACUCAGUUUUGGAUCAUUAAAUAUUUUCAGUCAGGCUAAAGGGUCUGCCACAACAAAGGUGAGCCCGACACUUCCAGAACCAACCACACAAGACUAUACUCUGAAUUCUGAGGGCUUAACCAGCCCAAAAUACCAGCCGACCGCAACAACAAUUGAGGAAUUUCAAAGCAGCACCAUUCAGAUAGGCACUCUGCUGCCUUUAAAAUCAGAAAAACUGACAACAAAUGACUUGCUCAGGAACAAACCCCGAUUAGAUGGGACUGAACCUCCCUCUAAGCACUAUCAAAGCUAUGAUCUUGACCACUGGCCCCCCAAUAAUGGCCAAAGCACAGCGAAAACCCCACAAACGACAUCUCCCCAGAUAACUAAACCAGAAAUACAAACAUACACUGUAUCCACUGAUCAAAGUACCAGCCCCACUCAGACUGCAACACUGAGAAAGAUUACGGAAACCAUGAACCCUUACAGUGACCAAACCAUACCCACAGACACUCUGUCAACAACACCAGAACUAACGACAGCUUCAUUUCAAACCACAAAUUUCAUUACACCAGCAGACCCCAAGCCUGAAGUAUCUACCGUUCCUCUGACCACUGUCAGCACUAAACUAAACACAUUGGGGACAACAAAGAAGGCCUCGGAUCCAGAAUGGACGCCUUUUAAACCAACUAGCAAGGCUCUGGAGGGAUUUACAAGGGUAGAGAAGACCACAGGCCCAACAGAAGGGGAAAGAGUGCAAAGUUUUGGCCCAGAUCCCACUCCCACCCUGCCAGCAGGAGCAGGCUUUGCAUUGGAGGAAGGCGAUAAGGAAGUGGGGAAGAGUGCUGAUCUGACAACACAAAAGCGACACGAUGAGCUGACAACAUCAGCUAGCGCAACGACUCUCAGGAACAAAGAAAUGCCCACCACUAUGUCUGAAGACUGGCUCACAGACCUUACUCAAGAAUCUGCGCUCCCCGACUGCAAUGCGGAGCGUUCUGGAAUCUGCAGUUCAAGUGACACUUGGCCUACCACUGUCCUGAGCAACAUCAGCAAAAAUGACAGCACAACCACUGUCUCCACCAACCUCUCUCAGAGUCCAAUCCUGUUUCCAGCCCCACCUAUGUUUGUGGCACUGUAUUCUGAUUGGAACAGUGCCCUGGCAGCAUGGGGUUCAGCAUGGGAAGCACACAUUUACGGCCUGGGCACUGUGUUCUGUCUAGUCGCUUUGGUCUCCACCCUGAACCUUCUGUGCCUGCCCCUACAGUACCCAUCAGGCUGUGGCUACUUUGCUCUGGUCAGUCUCUGCCUGAUGGCCGCUGGCUGCACUAGGGCCUUUGCCCUAUUGUACGAUGCUUACGGAUACCAGGACCGCAUGGCAUCCACAGAGGCCUCGCUGUUACUUUACGAGGCACCAUUCCCCUGCAUAACUGCUGCCUUUGGCCUAGUAUUCCUGCUCCUGUCAAUGCGCUCUCGUAUGCAGCUAUCCUAUUCCGCCUUUCAAAGACCUUGUUUCCUGGCCUGCUUGGUGUUUCUGCACUUUGCUGCUGCCUUUGGACCUGUUGCAUUACUCCAUGUUGACCAGCAGGUCUACCUGUUUCUGUCCUUGAUCUCUAGAGGUGCCUUUGUGGCUCUGGCAGCUUUCCUAUCAGCUGCAUAUUUUGUGUUCUACUGCUACGUUCGCGCUGACUCCAAGCAUAUUUAUCAUCUGAACAACACAUCGCCGACACCAGCUGAACGCUACAACCGCUGCCCAUUUGCAGAAAGCCGAGAUUGGGACCGGGCAGCAGCUGCAGUGCUACUCUCUGCUGUCUUCUCUCUAGCUUGUGCGGGCCUACAACUCUAUGCCAUGCUGCAUGCUCUCGGCAUUGCUGGAAGUGCUGAGUCCUUUCGGCCUUGGCCGUGGUGGACUUUCCAAUUCAGCUGCCGAGUGUGUGAAGCAGUGGUUUGCCUCACACUGGUUCUGGUAGUUGCUCAACCAGUCUACUGCUCUGAUCAUCUUCCCCAACCAGGCAGUUGCUGGAAAGAUCUUCUUACGGCAAAGUCACCUAUCAUUCCUGGGAGCUACCAGUGGACUCUAUCCCAGCAGGAGAAGCUGGCCAUCUGCGAUCCAAUUGGGCACGGAGAGACGGAGUGCCUACCCUUGUACACAUUGGUGGAUGACCGUCUCAGCAGCUUGAAUGGCCUUGACCUUUUAUACCAUAGCAAUCGGGCAUUGGCCUAUCGUGACCUUGACCUGGACUUGCCCAACACUGGUGCCCCUUCUGUGGGUUCAUCCUGUACCAGCGACUCCACAGCAGACCUGCGCCCUCCAUCACCCAUAAAUCUGCGUCGAAGCAUUGAUGAGGCACUGUUUAGUGAGUCUCUAUUUCCCAUGAGUAUCUUCAGCCCCUUACGACCUUUCACCUCUAGUGACCGCUGCCUGAAUGGUAGAGAGACCAACUCCAGUGGUGCCCAAACCCUGAGAGACACCCUUACUCCUGAUCCAGGCUUAUACCGAACAUCUUCAUGUGUGGAAGUGCUACCCCAAUUUCCCCUUCCUUCUCAAGCCCAACCAGAUGGUCCAUCACUGGGUUUUCCUCCAUCUCCAUCUCCCUCACUGUCAUCUUCCACUUGCUGCUCAUCUCCAGAGCACUGGAGAGGCAGCUCCAGUUCCUGUUCCCUCUACAGACAGUCUCUGGGUGGAUCAUCUCUGAUUUUGUGCUCUAGUCCAGAAGGACACCAUCCACCACCCUCUACCCUCAGUGGGGGUUCCAGCCACCAAGUGGGAAGCUUACAGAGACCCUACAGAACAUUAAAGUCAGAGGAGAGUCUGGACCAGCAAUCAGAGUUUGACCAGUCUGUCCAAGAAGAAUUUAUCAGUGUGUGCAGAGAGAUUGAUGCUCUUAGCAUCUGCAGUGAGACUAUUGACCUCUAGGGGGAGACCUUUACUUUCAGACACAACCGAAUGAUGUAAUAUGAUGAUGCCAAAAGAGUUUCAGUGAUGUGAUGGGAAAGUAAUGUGCAGCUCAGGUGAUUUGGUGAGUGUUUUCCAAGGUGUCAAAACACAUUUGCUCUAUGUAGACAUACAGGAAAAAUGUUUUGUGGACCAGAACUGUGCCAAAUGUUUCAUUUUGUAGAGGUGCUUGUUGGUUUGUCAGGUAAGUUCUCCAAAGAGAUGGAUUCUGAAGUCAAUAUCCUUGUAAAGGUUUAAGAAGUGCCAUCGAUUGCCAGAAGCUUAGACGGAUUUUGUACAAAGGUUUUUUGAUUAUUGAUAAAUUUGUAAUUGUAAAAAAAAAAAAAAAAGUGUUUCAGAACUUCAACUUUUCAAUGCUAAUAGUGAUGUUUGUAUGAAUUUGUACAAAAUCCCUUUUUGGUUUAUAUGAUUAAUACUGUGAGAGUGCAAACUACUGAUAACCAUACUGUAAAACAAAUCAUAUGGACUAUAGCAUCAGAAAAUAGUUUCAAAUUAAAUGCUGUAUAACCUGCCAAAUCCAAUUUUAUAAUCUCAUAAUUUUAAAUAUUUAGAAAAGGUCUUUGUGCUUCUAGUCUUUGGUUGCACAGGUAACUUCAAGUCCCUGUUGUUUGUUUGUAACAAUGCAUUAUUAUGUUGAGGGCCUAAACAGUUUUAUCAACAGAGAGGAAAAAAACUUCUCUUUCAAGAGUCAGAGAAGGAUGAAAGUACUCUUGCAACACACUCUGCUGAUAACGUCAAACUGCGCUAUAGACUGCCAUUUUAUCCUGCUUAUAGUGUAUAUUUGAUAUGAACUACACUUAAUGAAUAAGCUGCCAGGUUUACAUCGUUUUCAAAUACUCGUAACACUGUUACUCAAUACAUAUUAAAAUGAAGAAAAGUGACUUUGUACAUUUUAUAGUGUGCAUGUUCUGAAAACAUGAACUAUGUGAGAAACUGCUGAUACAUCUAAUGUUAGUCAUUUAGAGGCUGUUGAAGAUUUUCAAUAAAUAUAUUGAAAAUUGA